AUGUCUGUGUACAGAAUAUUGGGGGGCAUUUACAUAAGCUCGGUUGAGCCCCUUUACAAAGGUUUGGACAUAAGAAAAGAGCACGGAAUAGAGUAUAUUAUCUCGGUACAAAAACAAAGUAUACCUGAUUUUUAUACUAAGGAUCCUUAUCGUCACCUUCAAAUUUCCGUGGACGAUGAUGAAAAGUCUAAUAUCAUAGGUUUUUUUGAACAGACGAAUCGUUUCAUUUGCUUUGCCCUUUAUGGAAAUCCAGACCAGACACCCAAUACUGCAAAAGUAGCCAAGCAUAAAUCUAACAUUCUAAUACAUUGCAAUGCUGGGUGUUCUAGGUCUCCAACAAUCUUGGCAGCUUUUUUAAUGAAAUACUAUCAGAUGAGUCUCAAGGUUGCUCUCUAUGCAAUGAAGCGAGUUAAGUCAGACGUUUGCCCCAAUGAUACCUUUAUUUAUCAGCUGAAACUAUACGAAGAGCUGGGGUGUCAGGAUAGUACGAAAAUACUGGAGGGUAUUGCAACAUAUAAACAAAUGGUAUUGGAACUUGGCUGCGAUAAUCAUGCGGCUUUAGUUAAAUCUGACGACUUAUAUCGAGACGAUUCUACUGAUUUCAACGCACCGAGUGUUUUGAGGUGCAGAAGAUGUAGGGGUGUGCUUGCAAAUUCAACAUCAUUCAUACCUCAUGAACCACCAUCAAGUGACAAAGAUAAGCAAGCGUUUUUCGUUAAAAACGCUUACAAAUCAAAAAGAAUUAGGAGCACUCAAAGGGGCGCAAAUGAGUGUACACAUUACUUUGUCGAGCCGCUUCAGUGGAUGCAACCAGAAUUAUCACAAAGUGAAUUGGAGGGUAAAUUUCUGUGCCCCAAAUGUAAGGCCAAAGUGGGAGGGUAUUCAUGGAGAGGCUCUCGGUGUAGCUGUGGAAAAUGGAUGGUCCCAGCAAUUCACUUGCAGAAAGCUAAGGUUGAUGAAAUAAGCCAGGGCAAAUGUGAAUCGCUUGUACGGGAUCCUUUUGCUUCCUUGACGGAUCGAUAAUUAUUCUAUAGUCAUGUCAUAAUCAGAUGACCUGGUGGUGUUUGCAUGAACAUCUAUUCUCAGCCCGGGGGACCUUAAACAGGGGCUGUCUCGUAAAUCGGCAUUAUCAUGCGAAUGCAUAUAUGGAGUUUGUGGAGAGGUAUCACCUGUUGCAGUCUCAUCUCCUUCUCGACCAGCAAAACCAGUUCUUACAUGGUUUGAUGCAGACGUUUCAGUAGUCUCAGUUGUUGACGUAAGAGGCCCAGAAUGGAGCAAUACAUUUUCAGUCACAACAUCUGCGAUUGGGGGGUUUGAAUCAAUCUCAGUUGGGCCAUUAAUCGAAAUGCUAUGAUCAUCUUGAUAUUCCUCAGGGACCAUGAAUGCUUCCGCAUCAUUAACGACAGCGUUGUCAUCACGCAUAAUGCCAUCGCCGCCGUCACUAUCAUCAUCAUCACCAUCAUCAUCACCAUCACCAUCAGUGUUGAAGUCCAGAGAGUAGGCAUCAUUGUUAGGAAUAUCAGCAUCAAGAUCGGCUUCCGUAUCAUUGUUCAAAUGAAGGGAAUGAGUAAGCUCCUCAACACUAUUACCAACUAUGUUGUCCACAUCUUCGUCUUCAUCUGCAGCUGUGAACGCAUCCCCACCUUCGAAAUUAAUAGGAUCAUCAUCGUAUUCUUCUUCCUCAGAUAUUUGCUUCAUGCUUUUUUCAAGUCCCAUCGGUUUCAGGUAACUAUAGCCAACUUUGCUGAGGUCGCUAAGAUAUGUCAGAUCUUGGCAUAUGGAAGUCGCCAAAUACUCUAACGUAGUAUUACUUGCUUGUUCUGAUGGUAAUAACAUCAACCCCCUGGACGCGUCUGAUGUUCUGAUUGGGGUCGGCAAUGCAGGUGAAUACGAGGAUAGAGGGGGAAAUCGGCUUGCAUUGAUAUCGGAUCCUCUCUCCUGUGAUUUCGUAGAUUGUCUUGUGUUAGACUCCAGCAUCCAUAAAUGAUGCGCAUCACGGGGAAUGAGAUCUGGUAAAAACAUAAAUGAAGAAGCCGAAAUGAU